AUGAGGAUGAACAAGAAAUACUCCUGUCUACCUGCUGAGGAGAAGGGGAUCCACAUUAUCAACAUCCGAGCUAUUGAGGAUAUAGGAUAUGACCAGCAUGAGAGUACAUUAUUAAAUUCCCUAUCCAAAAAUCCAGAUGCUGACUGCAAAUAUGGACUCUACUUCAGGGACGGCAAGAGAAAAGUAGACUACAUCCUAGUUUAUCAUUACAAGAAGUCCUCGGCAGGGAGGACACUCACCAGGAGAGUUCAUCACAAUGAUUCAAGUGCCCGAAGCACCAAGCAGGACCAGCCGCUUCCCGGGAAGGGAGUGCAGCUGGAAAUGGGGGAAAGCGAACCUCACGUGGAUUACCACGAAGAUGACAAGAGGUUUCGCAGGGAGGAGUAUGAAGGGAACCUCGUGGAGGCUGGUCUGGAACUGGAACGCGAUGAGGAUACUAAAAUCCAUGGGGUUGGAUUUGUAAAAAUACAUGCACCCUGGAACGUAUUGUGUAGAGAGGCAGAAUUUCUUAAGCUUAAGAUGCCCACAAAAAAGAUGUAUCAGAUCAAUCAGACCCAUGGUCUUCUGAAAAAGAUUAACUCUGUGAUUCAAAAAAUAACAGAGCCCAUCCAGCCAAAAGUAGCAGAACACAAACCCCAGACAGUGAAGCGCCUCUCCUACCCCUUCUCCAGAGAGAAACAGCAUCUAUUUGAUUUGUCUGACAGAGAUUCCUUCUUUGACAGCAAAACGAGAAGCACUAUAGUUUAUGAAAUAUUGAAAAGAACGACAUGUACCAAAGCAAAAUAUAGCAUGGGGAUCACCAGUCUGCUUGCCAAUGGAGUUUACAGUGCUGCAUAUCCUUUGCAUGAUGGUGACUAUGAAGGUGAAAACGUUGAACCUAACGACAGAAAACUCCUGUGUGAGGAGUGGGCAAGCUAUGGAGUCUUUUAUAAAUACCAGCCAAUUGACCUGGUGAGAAAAUACUUUGGAGAGAAGAUCGGACUGUAUUUUGCCUGGCUGGGAGUUUAUACACAAAUGCUUAUUCCAGCUUCAAUUGUAGGGAUUAUCGUUUUCCUAUAUGGCUGUGCGACUGUGGAUGAGAAUAUACCAAGUAUGGAAAUGUGUGACCAAAGAAACAACAUCACCAUGUGUCCCUUAUGUGACAGAACGUGCAGCUACUGGAAGAUGAGCUCCGCUUGUGCGACUGCUCGCGCAAGUCAUCUGUUUGAUAACCCUGCAACUGUCUUCUUCUCAGUCUUCAUGGCUCUCUGGGCUGCCACCUUUAUGGAACACUGGAAGAGAAAACAGAUGCGUCUCAACUACAGGUGGGACCUGACUGGGUUUGAAGAGGAGGAGGAGGCAGUCAAGGAUCAUCCAAGAGCAGAAUAUGAAGCUAAAGUUUUAGAAAAAUCGUUGAGAAAAGAACACAAACAUAAAGAGAAGCAUCGGUAUUUUCCAGAAGAGACAGAAAACAAAUGGAGACAAAGAGUUAAGACAGUCAUGGCUGGGGUGAAAUUGACAGAUAAAGAAAAGCUGACAUGGAAGGAUCGCUUUCCAGCCUAUUUAACCAAUUUUGUUGGCAUUAUCUUCAUGGUUGGGCUGACGUUCGCGAUCGUGUUUGGAGUCAUCAUAUACAGGAUCUCAACUGCAGCGGCGCUGGCAAUCAGUUCAACUCCCUCAGGCCGGUCAAGCGUUAGGGUCACCGUCACUGCCACCGCAGUCAUUAUCAAUUUGGUCGUCAUCAUCAUCCUGGAUGAAGUAUAUGGCUGCAUCGCAAGGUGGCUAACUCAGAUCGAGGUGCCAAAAACUGACAAGAAUUUUGAAGAGCGGCUGAUUUUUAAGGCUUUCCUCCUGAAAUUUGUCAAUGCCUACACACCCAUUUUCUAUGUUGCUUUCUUCAAAGGCCGAUUUGUCGGACGUCCAGGAGACUACGUCUACAUUUUCCAUUCUUUCCGAAUGGAAGAGUGUGCUCCAGGCGGUUGCCUAAUGGAGUUGUGCAUCCAGCUCAGUAUUAUCAUGUUGGGCAAGCAGCUGAUCCAGAACAAUUUAUUUGAGAUUGGCAUUCCAAAAAUGAAGAAAUUUAUACGAUACAUGAAAUUAAAGCGUCGCCGUUCUUUAGACCAUGAAGAGCACGUGAAAAAAAAGCAGCGUUACGAAGUAGACUAUAACCUGGAGCCUUUUGCUGGACUUACCCCUGAAUAUAUGGAAAUGAUUAUUCAGUUUGGAUUUGUAACUUUGUUUGUUGCAUCCUUCCCACUGGCGCCUCUGUUUGCUUUGCUGAACAACAUCAUUGAAAUUCGUCUAGAUGCAAAAAAAUUUGUUACUGAGCUAAGGAGACCGGUAGCAGUCAGAGCAAAGGAUAUAGGAAUCUGGUAUAAUAUCCUCAGAGGUAUUGGAAAGCUUGCUGUCAUAAUAAAUGCAUUUGUGAUCUCAUUCACAUCCGACUUCAUUCCACGCCUCGUGUACCUGUAUAUGUACAGUGAGAAUGGCACCAUGCAUGGCUUCGUGAACCAUACGCUAUCUUCUUUUAAUGUCAGCGAUUUUCAAGCAGGAACAGCUCCAAACGACCCCAUGGAUCUUGGCUACGAGGUUCAGAUAUGCAGAUAUAAAGAUUAUCGAGAACCUCCUUGGUCUGAAAACAAGUAUGACAUUUCAAAAGAUUUCUGGGCUGUCCUAGCAGCAAGAUUAGCAUUUGUGAUCGUCUUCCAGAACUUGGUCAUGUUUAUGAGUGACUUUGUUGACUGGAUUAUCCCAGACAUUCCCAAAGACAUUAGUCAGCAGAUUCAUAAAGAGAAAGUUCUUAUGGUGGAGGUCUUCAUGCGAGAAGAACAAGGGAAGCUGCAAAUGCUAGAAACCUGGAAAGACAAGGACAAGAAAAAAGGUGAAAACUGUAACAAUCACAGCCCCAGACUCUCCAGGAGCCACAGUGGGAGCUUGUCCUCCUGCCAUUCGUAUCCUCUCGACGUAUAG